GCCGCGGCCGUGAGGCGAGGCCCCGCCCCCCGCCCGCCACGUCUCGCUCGGCGCCGCCGCCGCUCCCGGUGCCGCUCCCGGUGCCGUGCCGGGCCAUGGCCUUCACGCUCUACUCGCUGCUGCAGGCCUCCCUCCUCAUCGUCAAUGCCGUGGCCGUGCUGCACGAGGAGCGCUUCCUCCGCCACGUUGGCUGGGGAAGCGAUCAAGGGAUUGGAGGAUUUGGAGAGGAACCAGGAAUUAAAGCACAGCUGACAAACCUCAUUCGAUCGAUACGAACCGUUAUGAGAGUGCCAUUAAUAGCCCUGAACUCCAUCACGAUUGUUCUCCUCCUGCUGUUCGGCUGAAGACACCCCUAGAAACCCUCUGGAUAUCCAAAGAAGCCAGUUGCUGACCACCACUGCUCUGAAUUCCCUGGGAUCCAGCACGGUUUAGCUGUCAAUCUGACGUUCAACUUAAAAUAAUAAAAGACACUGUUUCUAUUUAUCCCAUUUCCUAAUGUUCCCUUGCAGUUUCAUUAAGCAGGAUCACGGGAUCAAUGCAACAACGCUGCAAACACGUUGGACUGUGACCAGUUCUGUUGCUGCCUGUUCGUAGUGCUGAUUAAUUUACUAGAGUAAAUGCCAUAGGAUGUUGCAGUGACUGGCAAUGGGAUGCAGCUUUUAAAUGCUUUGUUACUCAGGGAUGAAUUUCCUUCAGUACGCUCUCCAAUUCGUUUUUAAAUUGAGGAAGACGACAACGUGUUUGUUUUCAUUUCAAUUGCUACCAUGGAACUGUUUAAGAGAAUAUGAAUUAGGCUGUGAAAGGGUGUCAUAAAGAAUACUUGUUGUAAAGGUUUCAAGUCCAGCUGUGAUAUGGAGGGAGAUAAAAUCAGCUGGGUAAAGUCCUGAUGCAGGUUAACAUUGAAAGCUGAAUUUUCCUGCUUUGGGGAUUUUUGUCUUCAAAUCAGUAUUUCAUACUGAUGGUAAAGUCAGUAGAAAAUGGGUGCAGUUGCAGUGCAAAAUUUAAAAAAAAAAAUCAAAAAUUAAGGAAAAAAAGCUGUACCUAAAGCUGGGUAACUCUGUGUUAACUUUGGGGAUAUUAGUGAUUAGUAUUUGUUACUUUUCUGUCAAGAAUUGUUAUUAUACUUUUUAAAAUAUGUAUUAAACUUCUGCGUGGUGAUCACUGUGGUCGAA